GCCUUACACAACCAUUCUCUUAAUAUAAUCCUAUCCAUUUUACACAUUUACUCCUAUUUAUUAACAAAUCUUUGAUUCUAAUUUUCUCUUUCUAAUUCUAAUGCAUCAAAUUUCAAGCAUGUCUUUUGGAAUUAAUGAAUCAUAUCGUCCUCUUCCUUCUUUAUACUUUACUUUAUCUUCCAUUUGGUUCGUUUCUUCACUUUCUUGGGCUUUUCUCACAUGGAGAAAUCGUCACCUUCAGACCAAUAAUUUGCAAUGGGCUCUUGCUUCUGUUCCAUUAAUAAAAACAUUGCAGCUUUUGCUCUCAUUUAUCUUUUGGUAUUCCUGCUUUUAUUCCCAAGUAUGCUCCUUAUGGAUGUCCUUUGGUGUGUAUGUAACUGGAGUCCUCUUUCAGACAGCUUCUUUCGUGUCUUUCCUUCUUAUCGCUCAUGGUUACUGCAUCAUGUGUGAGCAUCUUUCGGUCUAUGAACGACGAACUACAGCUGCACUCGGGUGUAUAUUUUACCUGACCCUCGUUGGUCAUAGAGCUUCUGUGCCAUAUUUCACUGCCCUUUUGCUGCUUAACUACUUCAUUUCAUUCUCCGUGAUCUUCCACCACAUAUCUCAGAACUUGCUGUCUCUUAGAGAGCAGCUGAGUGUUGUCGUAGAUGAUGAUGUUCGUGCAAUGCAUGACGCAGUUCGUUCGAAAGUUUCCAUGUUCAAGAAAUUUCGGGUGGCGAUGCAGCUGGUAGCAUUAGCUGAAGCAGCGAUAUACAUUAAUAUGGAUGACUCCCCUGAAACUUACUGGAUCCGACUGUUGAUUCGAGAAUGGGCACAAUUCUGCAUUUUCUUAUACAUAGGAUGGACAUUCCGCUCUCAAGAUUUGGCACCGCAGUUUUCUGUUAUUCCAACAGAGAAGUUUCAUGGAGGACUACUCGUUCCUCCGAUCUUUAGUGUCGUGAUGGAUGCUGCUACAUACAAAGAUUUUUGCAGUCAGCAAUGGCACAUUGGUGUGCCAACAUCGUUCCCUAAAGGAAGAAUCUCGAAAAGUUCUUCAAUAAUCAUAGUCCACCAACCCAAGUCAUAGAGUAAAUGUCGUGCCAUGUACAUUUGCUCGUUCAAAGAGAACAAUUCUGAUUUUUCGUGGACUAACUAUUGCAAUUCAGAUUCAUGACAUCGAGUUGCUGCACAUUUUGCGGAAGAAAUGUGAAAUUGUGGUUCGGAACAACGUGUAGACCCGAAAAGGCCAUACUACUUCUUACUUGAUGUAGGAACUUGUAUAGAUUAUACUGUGUAAGAAUAGGAAAAUCAGUAGUUACACCAGCUUAGUGAGGUGUGGACACUAGAGAAAUGUUAUUCUAAAGAGGUAAAUAAUGAGUAUCAUGUAGCCAGUUUUGUCCAUGUAUCUGAAGUUGUGGAUAAUCAUACAUAAGUAAAGACUACACCAGCUGCAAUCAGGAGAAAUUGUGAGCGGGUUUAAUA